AUGGAAAGCCAGUCGGCGGCGGGAGUCGCCGAUGGUUGCCAGGCUGACGUCGAAGAGACGGAAGAACAGGUACCAUGCCUCUCACCUUCUCAAGACAAUGCUGUGAGCACCACGCCAGCAUGCGCGGAAUCGGCAGAAACGGGGGCGUCCGGCUCUCAGGAUGCUUGUUCGGGCGAGCAAGGCAUCGAAAUUCUGAACCCGGAGGUCAUACGUCUGAUCUUCGGCUACCUCGACCUACAAAACCGGGGCUUUCCGAGUGCAGCGCGCCGGUGCUGGACUGCGUCCGCUCGACGGGGCAUUCGGCGAGUCAAGGUGCUCAACUACAAGGAAGACCAGGUGGCCCAGCUUGUCCAAGCACUGCCGGACAUCAAGUCGCUCGAUUUGUCCGACAACUUCAGCGUGAACAACAACGUCGUCCUGGGGGCAUUCAAAGACAAGAUUUACGAAUCGCUCACCGUUCUAAAUCUCAGCUGGUGCCCGCAAAUCGACGACUCUGCGAUAGACUGUCUCAGUGGCAAGCUUCCAAACCUGGAGGAGCUGUACUUGGUUGGCUGCGACCACAUCACCGAUUCCAGCAUGGGCUUCAUCGCCGCCAGGCUACCAAAGCUCAGGGUGCUCGACAUGAAAGAAUGCGAAGUGUCCAACGCUGGCCUGCAAAAACUGGCGGGCUUCUGUGAGGACGGUGUGCUGUCGACCACGCUCGGUGUGAGAGCUCUGACGCAUCUGGGCCUCGAGGACUGCGCUCUCGUUUCCGAUGCCGGCCUGGAGUCCAUCAGCUUGGGCCUGCUCCAGCUGUCGAGCUUGGACCUCAGCAUGUGCCUCAGCGUGACGGACGCGGGAUUACAGCACGUUGGAAGGAUGAAGUCCCUCAAGAAGCUGUCCCUGAUCAGCUGCGAGGACUUGACGGGCCUCAGCAUUCACCAUCUCGCCGUAGGCACGUUCUCGCUGAGCAGCCUCGACAUCGCUUACUGUAACCACAUCGACGACGACGCCAUUUCUAACAUCUCGCGUGGUUCGGGCCUGGUCACAUUGAGCGCGUUAAAUAUCACCGCCUGUCCCAUCACGGACGUCGGCCUCUCCUUGUUGGCGCAGAAGCUGACCGACCUCAGGCUGCUGAACAUCUCCGAGUGCGAUCUGGUCACCAAGGACGGCAUCGCUGUCGUGGCGUCGCACCUGCGUAGUCUGCGCGCCAUUCACAUGAGGUACUGCAUGGGCCUGACGAACAUCGCUCUGAAGCACUUGUCACGCAUAUCUAGCCUGGAGGUGGUGAUACUGAAGAGCUGCAGCAAGCUAAGGAGCAAGGCAAUGGCGUACAUCGCACCCGGUAAAACGCCGUCGAACAUCGUGGAACUGGACGUGAGUUUCACGGCCAUAAACGAUGUUGGCGCCCGCUAUAUAGCACAGGGCAUGCCGAAGUUGCGCAUCCUGAACUUGAGCGGCUGCAUGGUCGGCGACAAAGGGAUGGCGCGCAUCGCACGCAGCCUGGGAAGCCUGAGCACGCUCAAGAUCGCGCGCUGCCAGGAAAUCAGCGACAACGGCAUCAAAGCGAUCGCCUGCAACCUGAAGAACCUGAAGGCCAUCGACAUCAAAGGUUGUCCGAGGACAACGUCUGCCGGAAGGCGGUGUCUGAUCGCCAGGUUACCAAAUCUAAAAUUCCUGUGA